AUGGACGAGAGAUUGGCAAACGCAGAUGCACGGGUGACAAGAGCUGGAUCAGCAGCCUUGGCCGCACAACCGCGAGUAGAACCUGAGAAAAGGAAGAGGGUACCGAGAAUCGAAGAAGAAGACGGAGAAGGUACAAGCGAGGAAGAAGGCGAGUCGGAAGACGACCCAAACGCCAUGAAGGCCGGUGAUGCAAACCUAUUACCAGAGUCAGACGAUGAUUCCUGGGCACCACCACAACCAGGUGCAGGCCAGUUGAGCGACGAGGAGGAGGAUGAAUUAGAAGAAGAACGAGACAGUAGUCAAGGCAGUGGGCGGGAAACCACGACGAGACAACGUGAUGAGGGUAAUAUCCCAUUCCACGAGAACAGUCGAGACAGACAUGUUACACGAGGUAAUCAUGGUCCUAAGACGUUGAGGCUUGAUCCCCAACCUGGGGUGGCCUGCGAGAAGAAGUCCUCUCAGCGGAUAUUGCUCAAGACACAGAAGAGGAGAGAACAAGGUGAUCACACAGACGGAGCAGCCUUACUCGCCCAAUUGAUCGACUCCUUCAUGGAACGCCCAAACUCCAAUCAAGGGGCAUCGACGAGACACGGAAGCGUGAGCACGAGACAAGAAAGCCCCCAACGUCGACGCCAACAGAUCCAAAACCAAGAACCAGCGAGAGUAGCACAACCUCCACCACGGCAGACAGAGGUCUCAGCACAAGCUCCAACCAGGAGGACACACGGUUUGAUCCAAGACAACCUCACCAAAGCCUCAUACGAGCAACCAGAAGGAGUAGAAGAUCACCUCCCUAAACGACCUAGAGCGCAACGUUCCCAAUCCCCGAAAGAUCAGACGUCAAAAUCGAAAUCGGCAAGGGUCGACCAGACCGAAGCCGAACGAGCCAAAACCAUGCUCAUGUCCCGGAAGGGAAGGAUGGUCCUGUCAAACGGCGAUGUCAUUGAAAACGGAAGAUUAAUAGUGCUAGACGAUUCGACCCAAAUGGAGAAAUCCUUACCAGAGUUAUCCCCCGUCCUGACCGUCUAUAUGCAAACAUUUAAAGCAUACAUCCCCCUGUCAGUUUUUGAGCGGAAUUUUCUGAGAGAAGACGCGAAGGGGUGGAGCACAAAGAAGGCUCCGACAGCCACGAAAAUCCUUGAAGGAAACGGAACACGAGUGUAUGGCGGAGAUCCCCCGAUGGACGAGCUAACAAUGCAAUACGAGCAAUGGUUAGACGCGAUAACCCUCUUUAUACGUUAUGUGAAGCAGGCGGAGUGGCAAACCCAAGCUGAGAGGUUCGAAGGACACAAGUUGAUAGUGAUGGACCUACGAGAGAACGUAGGGUGGAUGGUGGCACUCAGGUACUGCCAACGUGUACGACAAGGCCUAAUGAGAGCGACGGUUGACCGGAAGAUUUACAACAUCACAAAAGUCCAAAACGAGAGCGAGCAUUCAGAUCAAACCCCUAUGCACCAGGAGGCCCCCGGGAAAGCUGGAACCCGGAGACCGGCUUAG